GUGUUAGUUAAGUUAGAUUACAGUAUUAAAGGUUCCCCCUGAAGCCAAGGAGCAACUGGCCUUUUUUAUUUUUACUUGGCUCCAUGGAAAUGACAACUGGAUACGCCUGAUAGGAAUAAACCCUAUUUGCAGCUGCCCUUGCAGGUCUGGUCGUCAGAGGAAUUACUAACUCAGAUGGGUCAGGCACUGUGGAGGCUGCCUCCCAGACAACAGCAGCAGCUUCAGGAAGAGCUUGCCGACCGACUGGCUGACCGAGGAGGAGGAGGAGGACGAGAGCAAGGGAGAGAUGGAGGUUCCCAGAGAAGAGCUCCCCAGCACUGUUAUGGCCCUGACAUCUACCAUCUCCUCAGAACACGCAUGGGAGGGAAAGAACAGCAUGGUUUUAUAGAUUUGGAGAUGUUGCCACCUGAAUUAGGCAUCACCAUACUGUCGUACCUUAAUGCUACUGAUCUGUGUCUGGCCGGCUGUGUGUGGCAGGACUUGGGAAAUGACGAAUAUCUAUGGCAGGGGCUGUGUAAGUCCACAUGGGGACACUGCUCCAUCUACAACAGAAGACUACCUGCUGGUUUCUCAUACAGAAGACUUUACCUGCAACUAGAUGAAGGAAGCCUGACAUUCAAUGCCAACCCACAGGAGGGUAUCAAUUAUUUCAUGUCUAAAGGUAUACUAGUGGAUCAUCCCACCGAGCUGGCUAAAUUCAUCUUCUACACCAGACGGCUCAACUGGAAGAUGCUGAGGAUUUACCUGGAUGAGAGACGGGAUGUCCUGGACGAGCUAGUGACCCUCCAUAACUUCAGUAACCAGUUCCUCCCCAACGCACUGCGAGAUUUUUUCAGACACAUCCAUGCACCGGAGGAGAGAGGAGAGUAUCUGGAAACCCUCAUCACCAAGUUCAGCCACAGGUUUUGUACCUGUAACCCUGGUCUUGUCCGAGACCUGGGCCUCAGUCCUGAUGCUGUAUAUGUGCUGUGCUACAGUCUGAUCCUGCUGUCCAUCGACCUGACCAGCCCCCACGUCAAAAACAAAAUGUCCAAGAGGGAGUUUAUCAGGAACACUCGCCGAGCGGCACACAAUGUCUCGGAUGACUUUGUAGGCCACCUCUAUGACAACAUAUACCUGAUUGGUCAUGUGGCUGCAUAGCUCCACCUACCAGAUACCCAGAAGAAAUCCUCAGACUGCACUGAAGAGUAGGAAUUGGUGAUUGGGUUCCUAUUCAUGUCUGGACAGUAUGGAACAUUUUAAAAGUGGAUUGUCUUUCAAGAAAUAUAGCAAAAAUCUUACUCGAAAGAUUAGAAAAACAAAUCGGCCACUGCACUGUGAGAUAGACUGUGUUACCAAAAAUUAGUAAUGUUAUUAGUUUAAGGUGUGAAAAAGACUUAAAGUGGAACCAUGAAGAUGAGCUCUGAUGCACUGAUGGUUGGAUGGGUACUACUGAUUGGUGAAGGAACGAGGAGAAGCACUGUCCUCAGCCUGUCACAGAUGCUGGGACAGCCAUUCUGAUUUCCUAUUGGACAGGAGCUGCAUCACGUUCACCAUUAGGACAAACACUGGUCAACAUUUGUAGGAAGUGACACAACAGGGGACCUUAACACAAGGCUAUCCCUCACUAAUAUCACUAGUAGCAUUUAUCAGGGUAACAAAUGACAAAGGUACGUUGGGGCUUUUCUCCUCCUCAGUUGACCUUCAAACACUGUCCAGUGGUAACAACAAGAAUGUCCAAGUGUCAAGAUUCAACUAGACCUGAUUUUUGUGGCUUAUACUGGGAAGAGCUGAGAUGAAGCGCUUUUGCAAUGACAGAAAAAUGCUGCACGUAGGUUUUGUUUCUAUGACAACAACAUCUUGACAAAUUCGCUAUAAGCUUAAAGAAGCACAAUGUUGUAAAACUGUGGGCAAAACAGGUGGAAAUAUGGACAUUUUUAAAAUGUUCUACUUUUUAUUGCUGUUUUCUCUCUCUCUCCUCUCUCUCUCUCUCUCUCUCUCUCUCUCUCUCUCUCUCUGUGUGUGUGUGUGUGUGUGUGUGUGUGUGUGUGUGUGUGUGUGUGUGUGUGUGUGUGUGUGUGUGUGUGUGUGUGUGUGUGUGUGUGUGUGGCAGUUGAGCCCCGCCCUCAGCCUAAUAAGCAGAAGAGAGAGACAGAGAAGCGCUGUAGAGAACUCUAAGCAUAGUUUUCAUUCUUUUCGAUAAUUUCUUCUCUGUCUCUGUUCUUUCUGUCUGACAUAUCAUAAAGCUCAAGAUAGACAGACACCGUCAGAUCAAGAUUAUCUGCAAUUGUCUUGGUUACUAGUGAUGAGUCCCCCAUCUAAUAUUUGAUUGGUUGCCUGAAAAUAAGCAACAACACCAGCACCUUUCUGGUAUGGUCUUGGAAAAAAGGCCACUGGCUGCAGCGCUUUUUCUCUAGGUGGCCACAUGCUGCUGCAUAUGCUCUCUCCACAGUGGGAACAACUGGAAAAAAAACCUUCAAGGAAUCUGUACAUCUCUGUACCUUUUAAUUGAUCCAGUCUGAAAUAUUAAUAUUAAUUUUGCAUUAUUUUUUUUUUACUUGUGUAUUUUAUUUUUGGUCUCCUAUUUAAACUCCAAAUUCAUUCAAAUUAUAGCAUUGUCAUUCCAAAGUCAGACCAUCUGUACGUGACUCUGUCAAUACCUAGGAGAACAUUCUGGUCUGGUGAAUGCCACAAAUGUGAAGUUAUUUAACAUGCAUGAAUUCAAAUUGAUUUCUUUAUAAUUGAUGGUCACACAAGUAAAAGUAAAGUGAAAUGCACAUUUAAUAUUUUCAUCGUUAUGGGAACCAACUAGCUAAACUUUUUGCAAGCUUUUGUCCAGAUCCUGAUUGAAAUUGAAUGUAUUUAACAGUUUCUCAUAUAUGAUGUUAGGGAAAUGUAUAAUGACACUGCUCUGGAGGUGACAGCAAAUAGAACACAGCAGCUUCUAUGUUAUUCUGCUUUAUGAAGAAAAUUGUGAGUUUUACAGCUCAACUUUUCAUCAGGGUUUGAUGAUGGACCCGACUAAUUCUGGUGAAGUCAAGUGUAGAGAAGGAUAAUGCUUUGUGGAAACAUUAAGGAUUUACAUUAAGUGAGUUAUUCUGCAGUUUUGGCUCUUGAAUGGUCAUGGAAGAAAAAAACACUAUCUUGAGUCCGUGGAUGACAGUGCAGUAUAUGAAGUGCUUGUGUUUUAAAAGCAAUACUGCUAUGAUUUAUAAUAUUUUUGAAUAUUUUUUCAUUGUUUUCAAAAAUCCCUGGAAAACAGAUAUUACGUAUAAUAUACACUGGUACACAUAUUUGUAUUUAACAUGAUGACCAGUGUGGCAAAGUAAUUGGGAAAAUAUAUGUGUAAUUUAAAAUGAUGGAUUACAUUUGUCAGUACAAGAAUGUGAGUAAGCUGUUUUAAUGGAUUUUUGAAAUAGUGGAAGUCUGUUAUUAUAAUGCAGGGAACACUACAGUGGCACCUGACUGGAAAAUACAUGUAACUGUUGGCCAGAGGUGUGGACUCAAGUCACAAGUUUGAAGACUUAACUUUUGACUUUGAACUCGACUUGGACCAGUGACUCGUGACUUCACCCGGGCUUAGCCUUUUGAUUUAAAAAUACUUGACAUCUUCCCCUAAGCCCAAACAUUAAAAAAUAUGUUAAUUAAAGUGUUCCAAGAAUCAAUUCAUUAUUUAUUCCUCCAUAAAGUGGGUGAGUAACUCUUUUCAUUUCAUUUAGACAUAAAACAUGUAACCGCCACUGUAAAGCAACAGUAUCAGACUUGGUUGUGUGAUUUGGCGCCCCUGUUUCAAUCCAACUGUGGUAAAUAUGGACAGCUGUACAUUUGUUGAUUACAUUACUUAUGAUCAAAAACGGUCUACAGUUUUGCUAAUGCCUUUGCCAAACAUCAAGCAAGUACAACAACACACAACAUAGCAAGCAGCUAACAUUACUGACUGGUCCAACAGCAAGAAGGCCAGCUCACAGUCUUUUAUUUCACCAAGCUCUCACUAUCGACUUAAAGCCAGUCCCAUGUUUACUCUUGACUUGUCUGUGGUCCUCUGCCAUUAGCUGUGUCCGUAGAAGCUGCUGAGUCCACUUACACUGUCGCUCGCCCGUCUCUGGUUCUGGCACUGCAAUGGUGUGGUUCUUCGUCAGCACCACCCCCAUUCCCGGUGGAGUGUUUGUGUAGAAAGGUAGAAAAGUUGCAUGAUGCAAAUUAUUUUACAAAUUUGGAAAAUUUAAUAUUACAGACAUUGUUCCAAUAUGAGAUGAGUUAAACACAAAAACAUACAAAAUCACUUCUGUUGUGGUGCAGUACUGGUUAAUAGAGCUGUAUGCAUUGAAAGUGUCAUGUCAACACUACUUUCUUAUGUUCAGUCACAUUUUGUGUAAAUUCAGUAUAUUAUCAGUGUUGUUAAAUGGCAUUGCACUUGGUGAAGAUCGCAUUAUGACUUGUUUAGGACUGGACUUCAGUGCAGUGACUUCAGACUUGUGACUUGAAAAUCAGUAGUGCCUCUAUAGGCAUGCUAGUGGCAGAAGAGUUUAAAAGCCAGUCUGGAGUAAUGGUGGUGUACAGAUACAAAUACAUUAAAUAUUACAUCUGUUAAUUUUAAAAAUAGAUCAAGGCCCAUCAGACCUGAAUGCAGCAUGAUAGUCGCUUUGUGCUAGUAGAGUCUCAGCAGCUAGCAUGAAGCCAUAGCUAACAGUGUAAUGUCACACUGAAUAUAAGGAACUGACAGGAUGACACAGUUUUGAAUUUCUUUCUUUUUUUUUUUUUUUUUUAAUAAGGAGUUUAUAUCAUAAUCUGGAUAGCUGGUUGGAACCAACCAACAUUAUUUAUUUUUUUAUAUUGUUUUCUCUCCUGAUAGAAGAGCCUGUUCAUUGGAUUGUAAAUCUGACCAUGGCUGAACUCACAGCAUUCAUUUUAUUAAAGAUUAAUUAUUGCUGAUCAAUGAUUUCUUGACAUUAUGAAGGAAAGCCACUUUCUGUGAUGUGUUUUAUUCUUUAUAAGAAGACUUUAUGACUGAUAAAAUGUAUUGAGAAAUUGUUCUAAAUGUUUGAUAUAUUAAAUCUGCGUUUGAUUUUACUGACCUGUUUCAACCACCUGCACUUAUACAGUAUGAAAAUGUAGACAGAAGUAGUCACUUCAUAGACAGAAAUGAUGCACCACUCAGUUGAUUUAAUCUUCUACUCUGAAUAUUUGGUUUAGUUAUAGAUGGUUGUUCCUUACUAGAUGAAGGUGUUGCUUGCAGAGACCAAGCCCUUAAAAUAAUGAAAAUGGAUUUCAGUUUAAAUGCAUUAAAGAAAUGGGAACCGGUCCAUC